AUGAGCUCCGACAGCAGUAGGCACUUUGCGUCCAGUGCCCAGCACACACUGCCACUGGGCCCUAGAGAUGCGUGCUCUCCUGGGCGACCCCUCCCCUGGCAGGGGCCACGGACACUGCUGCUGCACAAAAGUCUCCAGGAUGGCUUUGGCUUCACCCUGCGCCACUUCAUCGUGUACCCACCUGAGUCUGCCGUGCAUAGCAGCCUGAAGGAGGAAGAGAAUGGAGGCCGAGGAGGAGGACCCUCCCCCCGGCACCGCCUGGAGCCCAUGGAUACCAUCUUCGUCAAGAAUGUGAAGGAUGAGGGCCCUGCCCACAGGGCAGGGCUUCGCACAGGAGACCGGCUGGUGAAGGUGAACGGGGAGAGUGUCGUUGGGAAGACCUAUUCCCAGGUCAUAGCUCUGAUCCAGAACAGCGAUGAUGCUCUGGAGCUCUCCAUCAUGCCCAGGGAUGAAGACAUCCUCCAGCUGGCCUACUCCCAGGAUGCCUACCUGAAGGGGAACGAGCCAUAUUCUGGAGAGGCCCGGAGCAUCCCAGAGCCACCCCGCAUCUGCUACCCUCGAAAGACCUAUGCCCCGCCAGCCCGGGUCUCCACCUGGGCCACUAUGGUGCCUGAGCCCAUCUCAGCACUGCCUAGUGACCCCCGGAGUCCUGCUGCCUGGAGUGACCCAGGGACCCGCGUCCCAUCUGCUGCCCGCAUCCAUUCGGACAACCCUUCUUUGGGGAUGAGCCAGCCCCGCCCCAGCCCUGGUGCCUUCCCCCACCUUCCCUCAGAGCCCCGGACACCCCGUGCCUUCCCAGAGCCCGGCAGCCGGGUGCCCCCCAGCAGACUGGAGUGCCAGCAGGCUUUGUCACACUGGCUGUCGAACCAGGUACCCCGCAGAGCAGGGGAGAGACGGUGCCAUGCCAUGCCCCCUCGGGCCCGCAGUGCCUCCCAGGACCGGUUGGAGGACAUGACUGCCCACCACCCGUGGCCCUGUUCCACCUCCCAGGGUGCCUUGAGCCAGUUGGGCCAAGAGGGCUGGCACCGAGCUCGCUCAGACGACUACCUGAGCCGGGCCACUCACUCAGCUGAAGCACUAGGGCCAGGGGCACUGGUGUCACCUCGCUUUGAGCGCUGUGGCUGGGCUUCGCAGAAUCCAUCUGCCCGCACUCCAGCCUGCCCACCCAGGGACCUGUCUGGACCCCAGGCUCCACCCCCGCCUGGUCUGCAGGGCCUGGAUGACAUGGGGUACAUCGGGUACCGGAGCUACAGCCCAUCAUUCCAGCGCCGGACUGGCCUCCUGCAUGCACUCUCCUUCCGGGACUCACCCUUUGGAGGACUGCCCACGUUCAACUUGGCCCAGUCCUCUGCACCGUUCCUACCAGAGGCCUCUGAACCACCCAGGGUUGUCCGGCCAGAACCCAGCACUCGGACCCUGGAGCCUCCUGCUGAGGAUCGUCGAGAUGAGGUGGUCCUGAGGCAGAAGCCUCCAACAGGCCGCAAGGCCCAGCUACCCCCUGCAAGACAGAUGAACCGUGGGUUUGGUGAUGAGUCCUCAGAGCCAGAGACCAGUGGGCGAGGGGAACACCUGGGCAGGAAGGUGGCUCCUUUGGCCACUGCAGAAGACUCUCUGGCUUCCAUCCCCUUCAUUGAUGAGCCCACCAGCCCCAGCAUUGACCUACAAGCCAAGCACGUCCCCGCCUCCGCUGUAGUCUCCAGUGCCAUGAACUCGGCUCCUGUCCUGGGCACCAGCCCAUCCUCCCCAACCUUCACUUUUGCCCUGGGCCGCCAUUACUCCAAGGACUGCAGCAGCAUCAAGGCCGGCCGCCGCUCCUCCUACCUGCUGGCCAUCACCACGGAGCGUUCCAAGUCCUGCGAUGACGGGCUCAACACCUUCCGGGACGAGGGCAAGGUUCUUCGGCGCCUGCCAAACCGAGUACCCAGCUUGCGGAUGCUUCGGAGCUUCUUUACCGACGGGUCCUUGGAUAGCUGGGGCACUUCCGAAGAUGCUGAUGCUCCUUCUAAGCGACACUCAACCUCUGACCUCUCAGACACGACCUUCAGCGAUAUCAGGAGAGAAGGCUGGUUGUAUUAUAAGCAGGUCCUCACCAACAAGGGGAAGAAAGCGGGCGGCGGCCUGCGCCAGUGGAAGCGGGUGUAUGCCGCGCUGCGGGCGCGCUCCCUCUUGCUGAGCAAGGAGCGGCGGGAGCCCGGGCCGGCGGCGGGGGCGGCGGCCGUCGCAGGUGAGGACGAGGCGGCGCCCGUCUGCAUCGGCUCCUGCCUGGUGGACAUCUCCUACAGCGAGACCAAGAGGAGGCACGUGUUCCGGCUGACCACCGCUGACUUCUGUGAAUAUCUCUUUCAGGCUGAGGACCGGGAUGACAUGCUGGGCUGGAUCAGAGCGAUCCGAGAGAACAGCAGGGCCGAGGGCGAGGACCCCGGCUGUGCCAACCAAGCUCUGAUCAGCAAGAAGCUAAAUGAUUACCGAAAAGUGAGCCAUAGCUCUGGGCCCAAAGCUGAUUCCUCCCCAAAAGGCUCUCGUGGCCUGGGGGGCCUCAAGUCUGAGUUCCUCAAACAGAGUGCAGCACGUGGCCUCAGGAUUCAGGACCAGCCUGCAGGGAGCAAGGAUGACAGUGUUGCUGCCUCCAAAAGCCCCUGGGGCAUUAACAUCAUCAAGAAGAAUAAGAAGGCCACCCCCAGGGCUUUUGGGGUCCGGCUGGAAGAGUGCCAGCCAGCCACGGAGAACCAGCAUGUCCCCCUGAUCGUGGCUGCAUGCUGUCGAAUCGUGGAGGCACGAGGACUGGAGUCCACGGGCAUUUACCGAGUGCCGGGCAACAAUGCAGUGGUGUCCAGCCUGCAGGAGCAGCUCAACCGCGGGCCCAGUGACAUCAACCUGCAAGAUGAGCGCUGGCAAGACCUCAAUGUGAUCAGCAGCCUGCUCAAGUCCUUCUUUCGAAAGCUACCUGAGCCUCUUUUCACUGAUGAUAAAUACAACGACUUCAUUGAAGCCAAUCGCAUCGAAGACUCGAGGGAGCGACUGAAAACCCUCCGGAAACUGAUCCGGGACCUCCCAGGACACUACUAUGAAACGCUAAAAUUCCUCGUGGGCCAUCUGAAGACCAUUGCUGACCACUCAGAGAAAAACAAGAUGGAGCCCCGGAACCUGGCCCUGGUCUUCGGGCCGACACUGGUGAGGACAUCUGAGGACAACAUGGCAGACAUGGUGACUCACAUGCCUGACCGAUACAAGAUUGUGGAGACGCUGAUCCAACAUUCAGACUGGUUCUUCAGUGAUGACGAGGACAAGGGGGAGAGGACCCCUGUGGAUGACAAGGAGCCUCAGUCAGUGCCCAACAUUGAGUAUCUCCUGCCCAACAUUGGCAGGACAGUGCCCCCUGGUGACCCAGGUCCGGAUUCCACCACCUGUAGUUCAGCCAAGUCAAAGGGCUCGUGGGCGCCCAAGAAGGAGCCUUAUGCCCGGGAGAUGCUGGCGAUCUCCUUCAUUUCGGCCGUCAACCGCAAGCGGAAGAAGCGGCGGGAAGCGCGGGGGCUGGGCAGCAGCACGGACGACGACUCUGAGCAGGAGGCGCUCAAGCCGGGGGCGGUGACGCCGGCGCCCGGUUCCCAGGACCCGCCGGAGGGGCCGCUGCCAGGCGCGGUCGCCCCCGAGGGCUCCCUGCCUUUGGUGCACACAGGCAUCCUUCCCCUGCUGUUUUCAGAGCCAGAGAAGGGGGUUGGGGCCACUCCACAGAGGCAAGACUGA